AAGUGUACUAACGAUGCACUAACUUGGCAAAUGGCAAUAGACUUCAAAAAAUGAAUUGUCCUCUUUGCGGAAACUCCAAAUUUCAUUAUUAUUGCAUCGCCUUUCACGAAUAGGGGAUACAAGAUUUUAUGACUACAUUGUCUCAAUUAUUCACAAAGCUUUUAUUCCUGGUAUAUGUUACAUUAUUAUUAUAAUGGUUGCAACUGUCAAUUGGAACACUGGUUAAUGUUGUAACGAAGUGAUUAUUCUUUUAUGGCAAAAUGUUUUAGACAGGUAGAGUGUCCUUUAUCAUGUGAUAGGCACAUUCGUCAUCACCUCUAUGCAGUUUUGUCCGGAAAACGUCACUGAAGCAUAUCUGAUGGCAACCCAUCAUGUAAUUGUUCAAAGACUUUACAAAUUUUGUAUAAAAUAUAAAGAUAUAAUUUAUGACCAAACGUUUGCUCAAGUAUGCUCCUAAAACAUGGUAACAUAUGAAUGCUAGAAGAUAAAACCAUGUGUUGUUUGUAAUUACAAUUUAAGUGUGAAAUUUAUAGUCUAUGUAAUUCAGCUUCUAUAGCUGUUCCUAUGCUACAAAGCCAUAAAGACGAUUCAGUCAGUCGAGCAUAGAAAUAAAUGUACUUGUUUUGGAUGCUCCAAGACGCUGUUUAUUGUCUAACCACUUGUUAACAAAGCCUAAUUUUAAAUGAACAGCGCGUAGAUUUUAAAUGGUGUUUUUUUUCUCCAGCGGAUAGCUGUCACUGCUUAAAAUUAAAUAUUUUUAAAAAUGAGGGCAAAAACACAUAAAAAAUCUUAUCAAAGGCAAACCAUAUUUUGUAUAGAGCUCUGCGUUAUGGAUUAAAACAUUACUGAAUGUGAAAUUCACUUUUAAAGAUACGAGUGUGUUAAAAGCUUGUUAUGAAAAGAAAGUUUUUUUUUAAAAAAAAAAGUGGAAAGUCGAGUUAUUAGAAUAAUAUCAAACAUCCUGUGUAUAAUGGGUGUUCACACCUUUAAAACGCCUAAUGCUUCAGUAACCACAUAAAAUUUCUUUUAAUAUCGGUAAGUGCACGCUUCAGAAGGAGCCUGAUAACAUUGAUCCAUCUCACGCGGGAUAUCCCGCGUGCCGACUGGAAACCAUGGAGACGCGACAAAACGAAGAAACCGUGUCCAAAGUAUACCCGAGUUGGUUAGUAUACAUGUGGAAAAAACUCAACUUUGAUUAUAAUGCUGACGUCAUUAAAAGGUGUUUCUUCGAGAUUUCUACCAUUACCGGGGCCAACGCAAUCAGUUUACGACAGGUUUAAUUGGUUCCAGCAGUAUAGGACGUCUGCAGCGCUACAGCUUUGGGUGAAGUGAUUCCUCCAGAAUAUUGCAACACUUUUAUGAAAGAAAAUAUCAACACCUGCUAGAACUUAUCUUCAGACGCGGGCUGCACUAUCAGCUGAAGAAUCAGGAUGAAUUGCGACAGGCAAGAUUACUCAAAAAGCGCCAGGAGCUGCGUAAAGCUGACCCACAUAAAAUGGCCGCCCUGAGACAGAAGUUUGUAAAUCAAGCAAAGAAAUACUUCGGAUACCCCUACGCAAGGAAAUACUGGCCACCUGAUUCACCAGAAUACAAAUCCAAGCUGUUUCUCGACUGUUGCGGGUUGGUGAGGCGUGUAAUGCGAGAUCUAGCAGACGAUUUUGGUUUUAUCCUUGGUCCAUGGAAUCAGGCGUACAUGUUUGACACCCUGCCUAUAGUUGUAAAGAGUGAAAAAGACAUGAAACCUGGCGAUCUUGUCUUCAUCUCGGCUACCUAUUACAAUCCUAAAUCAAAGAAACAAAGGCACAACAUGACACAUGUUGAGAUAUGGGCCGGAGACGGUUGUAAGACUAUUGGUGCUCGUUGGAACAAUGGCAAGGUUCAAGUUUGGGAUAGCUACAAGUUCACGGCUAAGAGUUACCACAGUGAAACUUACCACUUCAGAUCUAUAGAUACUUGGCUAAAAGGACUGUGUACAAGUCACUGUCACCAGCAUACUUGGAGACGUAGCAAGUAUAGUCCAACCAAGAAGUCCAUCUUUGCUCUUCCUGAACAAGUAGAAGAAGAAGAUGAAGCUGCAGGUGAUGAUGAUGAUAUGGUUGACAGCUUCAAUAUGCGUGGUAAUACAUUCAUCAACCAAGUUUCCAGUGUCAGUAAGAUGCUAUCCCAAUGUGAGAUCUCUGAAAUGAAAAGGCCAAAAACUGAAUUAGAUUCGCCAUACAGUAGAAUAAAUACACCAGGUGCUUCUCUUAAUGAUACUGAUGCUGAAUUUCCAAUUAUAAGGAAUAAUAUGAAAGGAAAAGGGAAAGGAUUCCCUGUACGAAGAGAGAAAACAAACUUAGGCCUUGCCACCAAAAGGCAAAGAAAUUAUGAAGAAGUUACACCAAGGAAUGGAGAUGAUAAACUUAUUGAGAGUAACAAAGAUCAGGUGCAGUUGACAUUAACAAGUAGUUUAAAUGAUUUAGGAAGGAAAGGUUUUUAUCUGAAAGACUUGGUUGAUUCGCAUAAAGAAGAAAGUGAUGAUGUUAAUGAUAUGGAAGGAGAAUUUGAAGAAGAGGAUAAUGAACAAGAGCCUGAAGAGUUUGACUAUGAUGAUGAUUAUUUCAUAUUUGCUAAUGAUGAUGAUUCUGAUGAUGAUGAAGAAAUUGCAGGAAAGUCAAGUGAUACACAGGAGCAAUCUAGUAAGAGCACUGAGGAUUCCAAAGGUGAAUCUGUAGACUCUACAAUAGAAAAGGGCAAAGAGGAUGGUGCUAUUGAAGGUGAUAAUAAGAAAAACAGUGCAGCUGAGAAUGAUAAUGAUCAAGAUGAAAACAUUAUUGCUUCCUCAAAUGGAGCGAACAUAGUUAAAGAUCAGAACAAGAAACUGGUGAAUGUUAUAGAAACUGUUUUGCCAUUUGGCCCAGAGGAACGAUCCAAGUCAGUUAACAAACUUGUGCAUUUUGACAAUGCAAAUCUUAAUUCAAACCCAAAAGUGGCUGAAAAACAUCAACCUAAGGAGAAACCUCGAGGUCAAUUUUUAAAAGCCAGUAUUAUAACAGUUGUUUCCAAGCCUGAAGUUUCUUCCCCUGCUGUACUGUCAGGUAACCAGUCAUCUUGUGUGUCUGAAAGUCAGGCUAAUACUGGAAAUGGCUGCCGUCUUAGUAUGAAAGCUAGUACUCAUGCAACCUCUUCAUCAGGGAGUUCCUCUAAAUCUCCGUUAGACAGUCAGAAAGCAGUCCCUCAAAUGCAUAUAUCAGAGAAGCAGGCUAGUUCAGAUAGUUCAACUGGUAGCCAGUCUAGCUCAAAAUCUGGUUCAAGUUCAUAUACUGACAGCCAGGCUAGUUCCUCUGUUAGUACACAAGAACUUGUUUCAAGUAAUGAGACAAGCACUUCAGACAAUUGUCAGUCUGAUUCUACAUCGUCCAGCUUCCAGUCAGGAAGUAAAACUGACGAAGAUAUAGAAAACCAGGCACAGUCUAAUUUAAUUGGAGCCAAAGAACAAAGUUCAAACCAGUCUGUGACAGAUACUGACACAAGUGACUCUUCAGAGGUGAGGAAGGAAAGGAGCAAGUCUGAAAAGGAUGAUGGCAAAAGAGCAUCAGAGGUCAGAACUACCAAGCUCCCUAUGGUAUCAGCUACCAACAGACCUUUAUUCUAUGUUGGUAAUGGCAAUGGAGCAUCACUUGUUGAAGGUCCGUUGACUAGCCUGGGCUGGAAGAAGAUAACAGAUAGACGUGAUGGAAGAUUUAAAUUAAAAUGGGUACAAUGUAAAUCUACAAUAGACUACAGUUCUUUCAGGGAAGGUAAUCAGCUAGUUAAUCAUAUACCAAACUCACAGUUGCUCACAAAUAAACUUGGUUUGCUCAACAGUUUAAAGAGUUAUGAGAGGAUAACUCUUAGUACCAAAGGGAGACUACCCAGGUUAAAAAUGACUGAAUUUCAUCCUGAAACUUACAGACUUGAUGAUAAAACUGAUAGGGAAGAAUUUUUAAGAACAUACAAAGAGAGCGAGAUAUGGAUAUGUAAACCAACGGGACUAAAUCAAGGAAAAGGGAUAUUUUUGAUACGUAGCCGAAAGGAAGUAGAUGAAAUUUUAAAUGAACAGGAACAGAAAAAGCAACAAUCAAAGAAGCCAGGACUACCAGUAAUGAACAGAAUAGUUCAAAGGUAUAUAACAAAUCCAUUGUUAUUGGAAGGUAGAAAGUUUGAUGUCCGUGCCUACAUGUUGAUUGCCUCCACUGUGCCUUUCCUUAUCCUGUUUCAUCAAGGCUAUGUUAGAUUGUGUUGUCAUGAAUAUGAGGCUGACAAUAUGGACCUUGGUAGACAUCUAACCAAUCAGUUUGUACAGAAGAAGAAUCCUAAUUAUGAAGAAUUGAAGGAGAGUACAGCAUGGAGUAUGGACAGAUUUAAUCAAUAUGUUAAUGAAAAUGUCCGCCCAGAUUGUCCAGUAGAAAUAGAGGAGGAUUGGGUCUAUAAUACAUUUACAAAACAGAUGCAGAAAAUAAUGAUCCACCUUUUCAACAGUGUCAAGCAUAGGUUACAGUCACGUAUUGGUUACUUUGACUUGUUUGGUCUGGACUUUAUGGUGGAUACAAAUAUGAAGAUAUAUGUUAUUGAAGUCAAUACAAACCCGGCCCUUACUUGUAAUUGUGAGGCGCUACAAGGGGUCAUUCCAGGGGUCGUUGAGGAAACAUUAUACCUGGCCAUAGAAUGUUUCGAGAAAAGCAAGAGGAACAAGCCGCUGUUUCCACUGAAAAGUUUAAAGGAUUUCACAGUUUUAUACUGCGGUAGUGACCGGCAAACUUCACCAGAGAAACCUCAAUUGACGAGGAGCGCAACACGCAUCCAAGAAAACAACAGCCCUGAGAAACCGAAACUGGCCGGUCAGAGUUCGGAAAAAGUGCCGACCCUACCGUCUCUCUAUGGGUUAAAGAGGCAAUCAACUCAAAGUAUGAGUGGUCAUACGUCAGCUGAUAAAAGACAAUAUUCAGACAAACAAGAUUCUGCCGCGAAGAAAAAUUUGCAGGUUCGGAAAGAAUCCAAUGAGCCAUUGAAAAAUGAAAAUAGUGAUAGUGAAAAAAACGGUAAAGAACAUGAUGUUGAAAAUUAUCAAAAAUCGAAAGCGAGUGAUAAAGAACGUAUAGAAAAUGAUUCAACUGAUGUUCAUUCUGAUAAAAAACUUCCAGAUAUUGCAGAAGCUCAAUUAAAAGUGACUGAAACUUUAGAUGAUCCAAAAAGUAAGACUUCAAGGGGUUCAAGAGGCAAUUUAGAACGUGGAAAUUAAUAACUGGCAAAGGUUUUUAAUUUAGAACAAAAA